CGGUUGAAUGAGCUACUCAGGGACGAUUGUGAAUGAAUCCUUGAGGGGGAGGUAGAAGUGGACGGCAGGUUGAAAAAAGUGGACGAAGAAAGGAGAAGGGAAUUAGAAGUUACCUUUCAGGAACUUCAGGACGGAAUGAAGGAAAAAACAGAGUUGUUCACGCAAGGAGUGGCAAGCCAUGUCCCUGAGAUCCUGAAGGAGAUUCAGAGGUUGAGAGCAAGAGAAGAAAAAAGGGACAUGCAGUGGGCAAAGGUGGAAAAGGAAAUGGAGGGUUUGAAGACUGAGGUGGAAAAAACAAAGAAUGAACAAAGAAAAUUGGAGGUAAAGGUGGAGACACUAAGCACUGCUCUUGACAACAAGAGUAAAGAGGCGGAGACAGAAAAGGUGGGAAGGGAGAAGCUUGAAAAAGAGAUUGGUAAGUUGGAGGCAAAAGUCAGUGAACAAGGAAAGGCAAUUGAAACGGAAAAGAGCGAGAGGAAGCUGGAAAAUGAGAGGUGGGAAAAGAAGUGGAAGAAGGUGGAGGAAGCCUUGAAGAAGUCAACAGGGGAUAUUCAGACAAAAGUUGAAAAGGAGGAGAAUGAGGAAAGGAGGGAAGACCUGAGAGUUGAAAAAGAAGAGGAGAGGCUUGAUGACAACAGUCAGAACAAGGGGUUGAUAGUAGGAGUUGUCACCUUGCCUAAAAAGGAUCAAAUAUCACUGACUGAUAACAAAAUGGGACAGGAGAGGAAGAGGUUUUUCCUUGAAACAUUAAUUGGGGCUGCGUCACUAGAUGUCCCAUCGUUUGCAAAGAGAUCAAAGGAAGAGGAGAAGAAGUUAUGUUGGUACUGUAUGAAGGGAGUCCACAAGAUGGAUGAUUGUCCUGGUCUUAGGACAGAUAGAGAAAAAGGGUUAGUUAGUCUCGAUGAGAACAAUAGACUCGUCGAUAGGAAGGGGAAUCUGAUUAAAAGAACCAAGGAAGGGUUCAGGGUUCAGUUGUAUGAGCAGUUGGGACUCACUUUAGAGAAUUAGAAUAAGACAGUUUUGAUUUCUUUUAGACAGGUAUUGUAUAUUAGGGACUGGGGGUGAAUGAGGCAGUAUGGUGAGGAUGAUAUUUGCUCUUCUUACGAGCAUCGGAUGGAGUAUUUUUGUCUAGGUAUAGUACUAAGAUUUGAGGAUCAUGUAUAUUAUUCGAACUCGGCAUUUUGUACUCUAGUAGUUGAGGGUAGAUCAAACGUAUGGUUCAUUUUCUAUCUUGAGGAUUUGUGCAUCAGUCUGGAUCAAUUUUGGACAUAUACUUUUGUGUUCAAUUGAGUUUCUCUAUUCUAAAGUUAUUAGCAAGGUUUACCUAUGGGGAACUUUAAUACUUUGCACUUUCACAAUGAGUUGGUCCAGUGCUUGAUAUUUGUGGAUAAAAUGUGUACUUUGGA